AUCCUAAUCAAAUUCCACAACAUAUACAGAAUAUUUUACCAUUUACACUCCCUAUUACACAAAGAUCAUAUACCAGAGCUACUGUCAAUGCACUCAGAAAAAUUUUCAAGUUUGAUAAAUUAACAGAUAACUAUUUUGCAAAACUCCCAAUAUUACCGGAUAGAUACCAAGAACUCCUUCCAGAAUUGCAAACUUAUUUCCCAAUUACGAGUAGACAAUCACUACAAUAUCUUUUAUAUUUUAGAUGCAAACUUGCUGACUAUUAUACUUUUACUACAAUCCAAAGCUCAUACUUUGAACUUCCACCACCCAAACAACCACUACCUACCACCUAUCAGGAACUCUACUACAGAGUCAGAGGACUUUUUCCAUUUAACACAUCUACAUCCAAAGUUACAUUAGCUGAAGCAGUAGCACAACUAAAAGAGUACUACAUCUUCAAGCUACUCCCCAGUGACUACUUUAUCACUAAAUUACCUCUACCAAACAAGACUGAACUCAUCCGUACUAGCUCACAAUUUACCUAUCCAAUAACUGAUGAUACACUAGCAAAAGUAUUUCUCGAUGAGAUUUCACAACAUUAUCACAAUCAAGAACUUGCACAACUUAACAUUACAUUACCAAUUACAACACCUCAACAUCUUACCCAAAUUGUUAAAACACUUCAACAAAACUUUUACUUUAAGCAACUACCACCAUCUUGGAUAAAUAUUACCAAUAAUCUCACUCAUGCUACAGAUCAAACUAACAAUACUAAUACCAACAAACCUACUCAGAACAAACAACCUCUUCCACCCAUACCAAAUACUAAUGAAGAGGUCCAGUCAGCCUUAACUCAAAACAACAUUCAACUCACACUUCCAAUUAUACUACAAUCACAGAUAACACCAACAAUGCAAGCUCUUAGACAACUCUACACAAUUCCCACAAUCCCAGAUUUUCUACUUAAUCUUCCACCACUACCUACACCAACAUGGAAAAUAUUUAAUACUUCUACUACAUCAUCUGACAUGCCACCUAUAACCAAUACAGUGGCAAUGGACACUUCUUAA